GAGGCGGGAGAGGCUGAGGUCUGGCCACUGAGCCCCGCCAGCGCGCAGCUAGACGGCUCUGCAUCCGAUCCCGAGGAAAGCCAGGGAUGGAACUCAUGAUGGGGGAGCCUAGGAUGAAUGGCUUGGUCCCCAGGGGACCCCCAGAGCCUGAGCAAUCCCAGGCUGAGCUUGCCGGCUUCCUGCCCCGGCCACCCCCCGGGAAGAAGGCUGUCCCGUUCUCUGAUUUUGAAGGGAAGACUUCUCUGGGUAUGUCAAUGUUCAACCUGAGCAACGCCAUCAUGGGCAGCGGAAUCCUGGGGCUAGCCUAUGCCAUGGCCAACACCGGCAUCCUGCUGUUUUUAGCCCUCCUGUUGUGCAUGGCCCUCCUCUCGGCCUACUCCAUCCACCUCCUGCUCACGUGUGCCGGCUUUGUCGGGAUCCGGGCAUACGAGGAGCUGGGGCGCCGAGCCUUUGGGACAUCCGGAAAAGUAGCUGCUGCCGGAGUCAUCUGCCUGCACAACAUUGGGGCCAUGUCCAGUUACCUUUACAUCAUCAAAUCAGAGCUUCCUUUGGUCAUUUGGGCUUUCCUGGACUCCACGGUCACUGACUCCAGUCACUGGUUCCUGAAUGGCAACGUUCUCAUCGUCCUCGUCAGCGCUGGCAUCAUCCUGCCGCUGGCCCUCAUGAGACACCUGGGGUACCUGGGCUAUACCAGCGGCCUCUCCCUCACCUGCAUGGUCUUCUUCCUUGCCUCUGUGAUCUAUAAGAAAUUCUCAAUUAAGUGCCCGCUGACUGAUGGGAACUCUACUGUGGAGGCUCUGAAGGGCCUCAACGAUACCUGUGAAGUCCGGCUCAUCACCAUCAAUUCCCAGACAGCUUACACCAUCCCCAUUUUGGCCUUUGCUUUCGUCUGCCAUCCGGAGGUCCUCCCCAUUUACACAGAGCUGCGCAGACCAUCCCAGCGCCGGAUGCAGGCCGUGGCCAACAUGUCCAUCGGGGCCAUGUUUCUUAUGUAUGGACUGACAGCAACGUUCGGUUACCUCACUUUCUUUGGCUACGUGGAGGCAGAGAUGCUACAUCUGUACAGUCAGACAGACUUGCUGAUCCUUUGUGUGAGACUGGCCGUGCUCAUGGCUGUCACCCUCACUGUCCCCGUCGUCCUCUUCCCGAUCCGCCGAGCUAUCCAGCAGCUGCUGUUCCCGACCAAGGCCUUCAGCUGGGCCCGCCAUGGCACCAUCGCCCUUGGGCUCCUCACCUUGGUCAACAUUCUCGUCAUAUUUGUGCCCAACAUCCGGGACAUCUUCGGAGUCAUUGGAGCCACCUCGGCCCCCAGUCUCAUCUUCAUCCUUCCCAGCAUUUUCUACAUCCGAAUCAUCCCCAGGGACCACGAAUCCUUGGCUUCUCGCCCGAAGAUCCAGGCAGCCGCCUUUGCAGCUCUGGGCAUUGUGGUCAUGGUCAUGAGUCUGGGAUUCAUCUUCACUGACUGGGCAGUAACUGGCCAGAGCAAGGGGGCGGGCCACUGACCCAGAAGCCCAGCUGGAGCCUUCCCCAGCCUGCGACUGCCAUGCGUUCCGUCUGCUGUCGGGCGCGCAUGGGGAGAUGUGGGAGACCCUGAGUGUUUGUGUGUCUGGGCGGGCGAGGGGGGAGGAGGGCUCCUGGGGCUGAGAACAAUCCAGAGGAAGGGCCAGGCUGGGCUGGGUUCCCUCUCCCUGCAGGGAUCAAAGUCCCCAGGCGGAAGCAACCCCAGGCCUGGUGUCUGUAGACCCCUUUCCCCAAUGGGGAGGAGAUUGACUUGUUGGCUUCAUGUUUGAGAAAAUGCAAAAAAUAAAGAGAAUUUGGGAACCCUG